UACGUGAUUGAAAAGAAAUCUCGGCAAAUGCACUGAGCAAGGCCGGGGGAGGAGUACAAGAGUAUUGCUGUGACAAAACUAGCUGAGAUAAACAGUUCAAGUUAUGGCUCCUUCAAAGACAUUGGCUACCUCAAGAGCAAAAGAAAAUAUUCUUAAGGCAUUGAGAGCUACAAGAGCGAGGUCUGCACCAGUAGCAGCAAAAUCUGGUCUAUCAAAUGCUUCUGAAAAUAAUACAUCCCCAAAGAAAGCAAUAACGUCACUGAAGGUGAACAAGACAUUGACCAAGAAGAAGGGCAAAUCCUCGAAGGCCACCAGCCCCUUUCCAACCGGCUUAAAGUUGCUGAAGCGCGGCUGUGUAACAAUGCAUAGGAUUGUGCGACGAAAAAUUCUUGGAAUUAAGCAGAAAGUCUUGUUUAACCAGAAGGGGGCGGCUUAUGGUGCUGCAGCCAAGGAGAUGCAGUCAUAUAUCGGGGUACUAGCACGUACCAAGGCACCUAUUUGGAGACCUAGUUGGAAGCAAGUGCCAAAAGAUCGUAAAAAUAAAAUUUGGCAGUGUGUUGAGAUGGCAUUUGAGAUACCCCCGGAGGCAAGGAGAAUGGUCCUAGCUUCAGCUUCACAGAAGUGGAGAGAAUUCAAGAGCAAGCUGAGUACACAGUACAUCAUCCCACAUAAGGAUGAACCUGAACUGUUAGAGUAUCCCCCAGCUGACUACAACUUCAUUGAGAAGGCUCAUUGGGACAUAUUUGUUGCUGAUCGCUUGUCUGAAGAGUUUCAGAUAUUGCACGAGGUGCAGAAGAAAAAGAGGGCUAAGAACAAGUACCCUCAUCGCAUUCGCUCUGAGUCUCUAGAAGAUUCAGAGCUGGACCGUGCAACAAUGUGGAUAAAGGCACGACAGGAUAAACAUGGAAACUUCAAAGAUGGUGAGCUAGAGCAGAAGGUUGCAGCAAUAGACAAGUUGAGGAAGCAAGUGAGUGACGGUGAGGUGACAACAUGCGGCACCGAUGAUGUAUUGACAAAGGCUCUAGGAAAUGCUGAGCACCAUGGCAGAGUACGUGGUGUGGGAGGUUAUGUCAAGCCUGCUACGUAUUUCAAACUGCCUAGGAACAAAAGGAAGACUGUUGAAGAGAGGAUUAAGGAAGGCUGCAAGAAACUUAUAGAAGAGGAGGCAGAGAAAAUUGUGGCACGAGAAAGAGCACAUUGGGCUGACACGAUAAUGAGAUUGGAAGCAAAAUUAGAUGGGAGAGCCCUUCCCAUUGAGUCGCCUCCGGCGGGUCAUGUUACCAAGGACCUUGGUUCUGGACAAGGCUGA